AUGUAUAUGAGGUACAGCACACCGCCCGUCUUUGACAGUUCAAUUGGUAAACACGGCCAAAAACAUUUCCCACAAAAGCUUAAGAGUAAAACAGAUGGGGAAACCCCCCAAACCGAUGCAGAAGCUUCACAAUGCGACAACUUGCUCGAAAAUAUCGUCAAGGGUCAAUGGGUCGUAUAUAACAAAUCACUGGAGCGAGAAAUUGAUGACGUGUACACACGCUAUCGGUCACAAAGAAAAAUUCAAAAUAAGUGGACGCGCGAAGACGGGAAAUGUGGUUAUAACAAUUACCAGGAUAGAAUCCCGGGAUCAAAUUGGCCAAGGGUUGGAAGUUGGUGUGAUCGGUAUGGAAAUAAACCUUGCUGUGAUAAUUACAUGAACGGUGUGUGUCGGGAUGCUAGUGAGGAAACUUGCAACUGUCCGAAUUGCAUCGACACUCGUAAAUACAAAGUUGCUGAAGCUGCGAUUUGGAAAACUGAUGGAAAUUGCAAAUGGACAAAUUACUCCGGAGAUACUGCAUGCGAUGUAAUAGAAAAUUCUCAGUUUAAUGACCUCCAAUUUGUGGGGGAUUCACACAUGCGAAAUAUGUUCGUCGGAAUGAUGAUGCUGCUCUCAAAUGACCCAAACCAGGGCGCUUGGAGUACACAUACAACGCCCGAGCAGAAAAAGAGGUGCCACGGGUUCGAAUUUUUCUUUUGGGACAACUGCAGGACUGUAAUAGAAGACAUGUAUGAGCUGCCACAUUAUAACAAACUGUGCAGAAAUCGAACCCCGAAAUUUUCCGCUGCUGUAAAAGUGUAUUUCAGUCUUGAAUACGCUGGGAAGUUUGUAGACUUGGUAAAGCAGCGGCUUGGUAAAAUUGGCACACUUAUAGUAGUAGGGGUUGGCUUACACAUAAACUUAAACCCUACCGCCACUAUAGACCGUUACCUAAAGCCAGCUGUAGACGUAAUAGAAAAGCAUUACGCGAACUCCAGUGCAAUGAAAUGGCCUAAAUUGGUAUGGGUGCUUCCAUUGCCCGCUAACCUACUUAAACCAACGCAAAAUAUCAAGUCUCAAGGCAAAGAGGGCCUGGACGCUUUUUCUUCAAAGUUGAACGAGUAUUGUAAAGAACACGGGAUACCCGUCAUGGAUUUUGGAAAGAUGGCUCAGUUUACGCAGAGUUUCGACGGCUUCCAUUACGGACUGGCUGUUAACCUAAUGUUAAACCAAAUUCUUCUUAAUUACAUUUCUUCUAUUAGUCCCUAAAUGCACUUUUAGGGUCGUGAAAUAUGAUGUUUUAACUUAAAAAAGUGAGCAUAAGGUGUAUGAAUACACCAUGUGUGUCUGGUGUAUAAGAAGACACCCACGUUAUAACUCGACAGUGAGCAUAAGGUGUAUGAAUACACCAUGUGUGUCUGGUGUAUAAGAAAACACCCAUGUUAUAACUGGACAAUAUAUUGAAUUCUAUCGUCGGUAGGCUAUAUACACGUUUCUGUAUUUACUGUUAUGAUUCAAUAUCCGAACUUAAAAUGCUCUUAACAUAUAUAUGCUGCUGACUCGUUGUAAUGCUGCAGCGUUACUGCGUAACCACACUACUUAUCCUACUAUGCAAUUAUUAUCUUAAUGUGUAAAAUUAACUAUAAACUGCUAUAUUAUACAAUAAAACUUAAUGUAACAAUUCAU